GUAACGGUCAGCGGCGGCGGACGACGGUGGGGAGUGGCGGCCGCUUCGGCUGGUGCGCUAGGUUGUCUAAGGCAAAACUUGUUUCUUAAUAUGAAGAAAAACAGAGGGCGGACAGGUCGAAAGAGAAGAAGGAAACACUUGCAGAGUUUUAUGAAUGGAGUCAACUGUAGUCACAAGCUGGAAUACAUUAAACUAAAGAAGUGGCUGAAAGACAGAGGUUUUGAAGACAGUAAUUUAAGGCCAGCAGAGUUUGGGGAUACAGGAAGAGGACUGAUGACAAUGAAAGCUCUUCAGGCAGGGGAACUCGUUAUCUCAUUGCCUGAAAAAUGCUUACUCACCACAGACACUGUCCUUAGUAGCUGCUUAGGAGAAUACAUUACAAAAUGGAAGCCUCCUGUAUCUCCUUUGAUAGCACUGUGUACGUUUUUAAUAGCAGAGAAGCAUGCUGGUGAGAAAUCUUUGUGGAAGCCAUAUCUUGAUAUUUUGCCCAAGAUGUACACUUGUCCUGUUUGUUUGGAGCAAGAUGUAGUAAGCCUUCUUCCUGAGCCUUUAAAAAGGAAGGCUCAGGAGCAGAGAACAAUGGUCCAUGAGUUGUACCUGUCUUCCAAGGCUUUUUUCUCUUCCCUGCAGCCAUUGUUUGCUGAGAACACAGAGACUAUUUUUAACUACAGUGCCCUAGAGUGGGCUUGGUGCACUGUUAAUACCAGAACAGUAUAUAUGAAACAUUCACAGAGGGAAUGUUUCUCUCUUGAGCCAGAUGUUUAUGCUUUGGCACCAUAUUUAGAUCUGCUAAACCACAGCCCAAACGUUCAGGUAAAGGCUGCUUUUAAUGAACAGACCAGAAGCUAUGAAAUUAGGACAGAUUCACAGUGCGAAAAAUACAAAGAAGUGUUUAUCUGCUAUGGGCCUCAUGAUAACCAGCGACUCCUCCUAGAAUAUGGAUUUACUGCCAUUGAUAACCCACACAGCAGUGUUUAUGUCUCACCAGAUACUCUACUCAGAUAUUUUCCAACACAGGACAACCAGAGAAAUAUGAAACUUUCUAUUCUAAAGAAUCAUGAUUUUUUAGAAAACUUGACCUUUGGAUGGGAUGGACCAUCUUGGAGACUCCUCACAGCCCUCAAGUUAUUAAAUCUUGGAGAAGAUGAAUUUAUCUGCUGGAAAAGAACGCUGCUUGGUGAUGUAGUUUCAGCCACAAAUGAAGAGCAGACGUUGAAUGUAACAGAAAAAAUAUGCCUUUUUUUAGUAGAGGAGACGCAGCAUGUUCUUCUCCAGAUUUCCCAGUUGAAAAGGGACAAAGAAAAUCUUAAAAACCACCUGACUUUGGUAGAAGCACUACGCUUGGAAGAUCUGAAGAUUCUACAAAAGUCAGCAGAAAUUCUGUGCAACUUGAAAAUGGCAACAACUUGACCCAUCUGGAAUUGUGAUAGCUGCAGCUGAUUGGAUCUCAGUUGCCAUGUAGCUGUCUGGCUUAACUGUUUUUAACGGACUUGAGCAACAACGAAUAAUGUAGAACGUCAUCAUAAUAUUCUCAGUUUUGUUUACGAGUUGCAUGGGAUAUUGAGUCUUACUCUGUUUUUUGCUGAACUUCUCCACUAAUAUAAAAGAUUAGCCCAAAGAGUAGGGAGGAGCAGAGGUGACUUUCUAUACAUCUCAUCCAAAUCAUGGCUGCUGUAAGCAAAACAGCUUUUGGGGUAAUUUGAGCAACCCCAGAAUGUGGGCUUUGGAAGUGCUACAGUUUACAGCUCUCAGUGGUCUGCAGCAUGGAUCAUGAAGUCAGUCAGAUAAUCUUUAGUGCGUAUUUGAUCUCUGGCACUUGUCAGAGAGAGGAAAGGACAGAGCUGCUUGUAUCUGCCCUGUACUGAGCCUACAUCUUUUUCCUGGACAUGUCCCUGAGAAUUAGUGGUUUACAUACUGUCUGUUCAUUACUGGAGCAGUACAUGUGGACUAAAGCACAGAUUACUGUAGUCCUAUUGUGACCCCAAGACAUUCCCUUCUCAGUUUCAGCCCAAGUGUUCCUUGAACAGGCUGUUAUUGAAGGUCCAGGCUUGAAAUGCCAUUAAGAAGUAUGCAUUUCUGUCCUUUAUUCAAAGCUCUCUCCAGAUUCGCCCAUUUGUGUUUUGACUCCUUGUGUUCAGAUUGUGAACUGAAAUGAUACAUCAUUUUGAACUGUUUGUUGCUUGCUUUUUGAUCACCUGGUGAUUAAUUCUGUUUCCAUUCAGUUCUAGUGAUUACACCGAAAUAUUCUUACUCUGUUGAAAAGGGAUAGUCUCAUGAGCUACUUUUCAGUAUCUAGUAGGGGCCUUUAGGCAGCAAAGACAAAGACUUCUCCAAAGGACAUUUAGAGCAGCUUAUUUAAA